AUGUUUUGGUCUACACUACUGUCCUUUGCGGCGCUCGUUGAUGCGGCGCCGCAGGUAACUCCAGUAAAAGGACCCGGGGCCAAUAGCCUUGUUCGAUUCGGAUGUUCCCAGGUUGUCAUUGAGCGUCUUGACCCCCUCAAUGCUUUUAAUGCUUCAAUUCCUUCCACCGAUGUGUCAUCCCUCGCUACCUGUACGACGUGCAGCUUUAGCGACGACUUUUCGAACUAUUGGACGGCAAAUGUUUACUUCAAGUCGCGAAACGGUACUUACAAGCGAGUGCCCCAAAUCCCAAAUAGGUUUUUGGAGGGAUCUCAAGGUGGCGUUACGGUCUAUUAUCUUUCGCCUGGCAAGAAGACUGUCACUGCAUUUAAACCAGGGUUCCGUAUGCUUGUCGGGGACUCUAUGCGACGCGAGAAGAAAGGAUCAGGUUUAAAGUCUCAGAGCUGUUUUCGUUGUUUCACAGGCCCCGACUUCAAGGGUGAUGAUUAUUCACCUUGUGCUGAUCCAAAAUUGGACACCGAGACUUUCCCCUCGACGCCGUGCUUGGGCGGUAUUAGAUCUAAUAUCCACUUUCCAACCUGCUGGGAUGGAGAGCGUCUAGAUAGCCCGAACCAUCAGGACCACGUAGCCUACCCCGUUGGAGGUCCCUCGUCAUUCGCUACUACUGGAGAUUGCCCAUCGACUCACCCUAUCAAGAUUCCACAGCUGAUGCUCGAGAUUGUCUGGGACACAACCGCGUUUAACAGUCCAGAUGACUGGCCAGAAGAUGGAUCCCAACCGUUCGUCUUGAGCACAGGAGACAAUACUGGAUACGGUCAACACGCUGAUUAUGUAUUUGGAUGGAAAGACGACGCACUCCAGAGACUAAUGGAUGGAGCUUGCUUCGGCAACACUUGCGAGGGAGUUAAGACACAGGACUUUGGUGAAGCAAACAAAUGCUCUGUUCUAAACACUGUCGAUGAGGUUACUGAAGGAUGGCUUGAGCAGCUCCCGGGAGAUGGAAGCGGGGCUUAA